GAAAUAUUAAGCUGUUAUGUUGUUGUGAAUGUAAACGUAAAAUUUGUAAAUAAAUUUUGGUGUCUCGGCAAUUUGUGUUACUAAUUGUUUAACGUUUGAUAUUUGAUAUGGCUGCAAGCUUACCAGGAGGACUGGAGAACGUAGACAGCGAGCAGGUCAAAUCUUUCCGAGACUUUUUGGUAUCCUACAACAAGUUGUCUGAAAUUUGCUUCAACGACUGUGUUUGGGAUUUCACCACAAGAAACGUUAAAGACCAAGAGAACCGCUGUGCCCUGAACUGCAUGGAGAAGUACAUGAAGAUGAACCAGCGGGUGUCGCAAAGGUUCCAGGAGUUCCAGAUGAUAGCCAAUGAAAAUGCUCUCGCAGCUGCCCAGAAAAUGAGCUCGGUGGCUCGGUGACUACAUGUAUCAAAGUAUAUUUUUAUUCAAUGUACAGUAUUUUAUUGUUGAAUUUUUUUUUUAUCUGCUGAAAGUUGUAGUCUUAACUCUCUGUGGACUACUAGAAAUUGUGUACCAUUAAUGUAAGUCCAUUAAAGUACUAUUUUAUUUGCAUGAAGCAUUUUUUUUUUUUUUUCAAUUUUUUUUUUGGCACAUGCGUGCUUUGUUAAGCUGAUUAAAUGAAUUUACACACAUUAUUUUAGUCAUUGUUUGGGUUACAAUAUUUAGUCAUUUCUUCUGAUUUUCUGUUUUCAAAAGCAUAAUUAGCAUGACUACUUUGAUCAUGGUGCAAUAGUCACUGAUUAAAUUUUAAUGGAGUAAAAAAACAGUCAAAAAGAGAAAUGGUUUUUAAAAGCCUUCAGAUGAGUAUUGAGUUAUAAAAUGGUGGAUGUUUCAAUUUAUUAGUUGUGUAAAUGAUCGUGUAUCACCAACCAGCUUUUUUGGCUGACUGCCAGAUGUGAAACAGACAUCAUACUGUGAUCUGCCUCACUGCAGUUCCAGCAUUAAUUUAAUACCUUAUAUACGGGUUACUUUGUCCCGAAAUGGAAAAAAAAGUUCGAACUAUGUAUGCUACAAGCCGAUUACUGGCGAUUCUGCUAGCCCUGAUAACAAGAUCAUACUUGGUUAAACUUCUAAUGACUGAUGUAUAAUUAUUAAAAUAUUUUCAAGUUCCUUGUUUCUUUUAUGAUUUGUUUUUAAGUAUUUUUUUUUUCCAAAGAAGUACCAGUGUAAAGUGAGAAUAAAACAAAGUGUCCAUGUUCA